CGCAAUGGGCUAGCGCGCACUAAGCUGUAAUGGCUUUCAGACUUAGCCAGAAUUUUCAGACGUUUACUCGAUUGUGGUAUUUGGUGGAUGCCAAGGAUCAGGUGGUUGGUCGUCUUGCUGCAAUGCUGUCACUUGUUUUGCAAGGGAAAACCAAGCCGAUUUACCACCCAGCAGUUGAUGUUGGAGAUAAUGUUGUGGUGAUCAACACUAGACAUGUCAUGUUUACUGGAAAGAAGUGGAAACAGAAAGUUUACAGACAUCACACUGGGUAUCCGGGUCUGAAGGUGAUUACAGCUGAGAAUCUUCAUUGCAAAGACCCCACACUGGUAAUGCAAAAAGCCGUAAAUGGAAUGCUACCAAGAAACAACUUAAGAAAGAAGCGUUUGAGAAGGCUUCAUUUGUUUGCAGAUGAGGAACAUCCCUAUGGAGCUAAUAUUAGUUACAUAUUGAAGGGGCCUUGUCCUGUACUGAAGAAGCUGGGUGACUACACAGCAGAUGAGAUAUCAAGUUACCCUGUGCUCUUUGACUUACCAGGAUUGAGUGUAGACAAAGCAGAUAGCACAUAAAUAGAUCUACGAAUGCAUGUGUAUGAGUUUCACUAUAGUUGUUUAUCUGAUGGAUGGAUACAGUGUAAUGAUUUGUGCAUUGUACAUUGCAAACAUGGCUAUAAUGGCAAUUUA